UUACGUUGUAGCAAAAUCUAACACUAGAAUGUGUCAAGACCUUGAGCACUAUUUUCGAGCGAUGCAAUACUUCUUUACUCCCGACUUAUUGAACAUAUUUAUGAAUAUUUUCAACUUACUGUUUUUCUGUACUUUAUAUUUUAUAUUUGCAAGUAUUCAUAACGCGUUGAAACUACCGCCAGGGCCAUGGGGAUUACCAUUUUUAGGAAGUUUACCUUGGAUGGGGUGCGGUGCGCCUCAUUCCUGGUUCCUGCAGCAAGCGGCUCGCUACGGCGACCUCAGUUCAGUGCAAAUUGGCUCCAACCUGAUGGUCUGCAUUGGAUCGUCCAGAAUUAUAAGACGCCUGUUCAACCGACCUGACUCGAUUAGCCGACCGCAUACGCCUCUCAAUAUCUUGUUGUGUGGACGAGGAAUCGUUCUCAGCGAAGGCCUGCUCUGGAGGAAGCAGCGUCAGUUUCUGCACGAGAAGUUUCGCGCUCUUGGUGCCAGCAGUGUUGGUAUCAACCAGAGAGUUGAACAUUGCGUCAUCGUGGAAAUAGAAGAACUUUUAGCAAAGAUUGAAAGCACAAGGGAGCAGCCGAUAAACCCGACGAGUUUUCUGGGCAGGCAUGUCCACAACGUCAUAUGCCAGCUGAUGAUGAGCUUCCGCUUUGAAGAACAAGACCCCGAGUUCAAGACCUUCAAUGAGCGGGUCACAAAAAGCAUGGAGCUGUACGGAGCCAUACAUAUCGGGGAGCAUGUGCCGGCCUACUUGCACCUACCAGGCAAAAAGUCGGUGUUGAACGAAAUCCGUCGAAAUCUGCGAGAUGUGAGAGAGUUUCACUUGCGGAAAGUGGCCGAACGCCGAACACAACUCAUGGAUAUCAACAUGGACCGACACGAGCCAACUGAUCUGUUGGACUAUUACUUGCUCGAGUUACGAAAUAAUUCUGUCGGUUCCAAACUCUUUGACGGAGUUGAUCCAGAUGAGCAGAUAGUCCAAGCAUUCAACGACCUUUUCUCCGCUGGCAUGGAAACCGUCCGGACGAGCCUGCUGUGGGCCUUACUGAUGAUGCUCCGAAACCCGUCGGUUGAGGCCGCGGUGCGCGCUGCGCUCGCCGAAGCACUCGAGCCAGGGCAACUGGUCACCUUGGACCACCGGGCGAGGCUGUACUAUAUUGAAGCUGUGUUGUAUGAAACUCUGAGGAUCGUGUCAGUGGUGCCGUUGGGAACGACGCAUGUUAAUUCUUCUGAUUGGAACGUUAAUGGGUACUUGAUUCCGGCCGGCACCCACCUAGUGCCACUACUGAACAAGAUCAACAUGGACCCCGAAUACUUUUCCGACCCCAACAACUUUACUCCAGAGAGGUUUAUAAAAGACGGUAAAGUGGAACUCCCUGACACCUUUAUACCAUUCGGCGUCGGUCGCCGUUUGUGCCUCGGGGAGCAAGUGGCCAAGACAGAACUCUUCUUAUUCUUUGCAAACAUUAUGAAUAGUUAUACAUUUUAUUUACCAGAAGGUGACCCUAUGCCAGAAUUGGAAGGCGUUAUGGGCGUUAUUCAUGCCCCUUUACCUUAUCAAUUAUGCUUUAAAAAAAUAGAAUAAUUUAUUUUUGAUUCAUUUCUUCAAUGAGAAUUGAUUCAAAAU